AAUGUCUUCAUCUAAAAUUCUAUACUCUCCAUCAAGAUCAAAUGUUAAUAUUGGUGGUGCUGAUCGAGCACUUUCACCAAGUAGAGCCAAGAUUUCAUAACUAUCAGAAAAAUUAUCAAAUCUUUAACACUAAGUUGAUGAGGAUUAGGCUGUAAAAUACAAUUUUAAUUCAGUUUAAAAAAGAAACAUUUGAAAAUAGAGUAAAGUUAUUAGAGGACAAGGCUACAAAAUAAAGUUAAGCUGAUGAUUCAAAAUUUAAAUUAUUAAGAGAAUAACUUUAAAAAAUUGAGGAAGGAGCUUAAAAUGAAAAAAUAAUUAGAGAAGUAAUAUAUUGAAAAUAUUAAUAGGCUGGAGAUGAGAAGUUAAGAUCAAAAGAUUUGAAAUUAUUAGAAGGGUUUUUAGGAAAGGAAUUAUAAAAUGAAAAAAUCAAUAGGAAGGAUUAUGAAGUUAAAAUUAUUAAAAAUACAGAUGAUAAAGUCUACAGUUUAAAAUUGGAUUUAGCAAGAUAAAAAAAAUAUAGAGAAGAAACUGAGGAAAAGAAUUCUUAAGAAAUUGGAGAUAGAGUAUUGUAAUUAUAAGAAGAAGUUGAAGAAGAAAGAAGAUAAAGGUAUUUAUAAUUUGCAUUAUUUUAAGGGAGGAAUAAAACUAAAAUACAAUUAAAAAACUUGGAGAUUCUAUUCUAAAAUUAUAAGAAAUUUUAACUAAUGAAAAAAAAUAAAGAGAAUCAGCUCAAGGUUAAAUGUUUAGAAUGUUGGAUGAGAUGAAUAAUUAUUUGAAUCAUGAAUUAUAAAAUGAGAAAAAUGAAAGAGAAGCAACUGAAGAAAGUUUAAUUAAUUUAAUUGACCAAACUUGUAACAGAGUUGAAAAUUCACUAAGAAAAUGAUU